GAAUCGAACAAAAAAAAAUUUAAAAGAAAAAAAAAGUGCAGCGUUUUCGAAUUUGAAGGGUUUGAUUUACAGGGGCAGUGUCUUCUUCCUUCUUUCUCCUCGGUUCUGAAGAACAACAAACAAACCAACCAAUCAGAAUCCGAAUCUCUCUCCUUUUCUCUCUCUCUUAAAAUCCCAACCGAAUAUCAUAUUGGGUUUUAAUUAAUUAAUGGAGUGGAGGUGGAGGUGGAGGUGGAGGUGUCGCGAUUUUGUUGCUAGCACAGCAAUUGGGCCUUUUGAUUUUGGUGGUUCCUUGUGGUGGCCAUUUUUAUACUAAUUUUUCCCCAUAGAACUUUAUUUUAAUCUCUUAAAGAAACCCUCUCUCUCGCUUCCUAAUCCUAAAAAAGUAGCCAUGGAUUUGCCCCCAGCAACUGCCAACUCUGUGUGGUCUUCGAGUUCGCUACUGUUCCUCUGCCACCAUUAUUAGUACCACCACCACCUGCUCUCUUCCCCCUCAUUCCUCUCUCUGCCUUAAUGGCCUCCUCUUUCCCAUUUCUCUCCAGAAAUUUUCUUCUCCUUCUUCUUCUCCUUCUCCUUCUCCUUCUGCCCCCUCUUCCAUUUUCCACCCCCAGCGGCUGCCACGACUCGGUUCUUUGACUUUCGUCUCGUUUUUCAGAAACCCUUUUGCCCCUUUCUUCACGGCUUUGACUUUCCUGGUAACCCCCUUUUGCACUGCUUCUUUCUGAUUUUUAACUUCUGGGUUUCUUCCCUGAUGAUCGGUUGAGUGUCUGAGAUUUCUGGGCUCUGUGGUUCUGUUUUUGCCCACUUGUGUGUUGGUUUUUGACUGAUCCUGCCCUUGAGGUGUUUGUUUCUUUGCCUGACUGAAUGGUGAUUUGGGAUCUUUGUGAUAGAGUUCAUCUCUUUUGUGUUUCUGGAAGUGAAUCUUGGAAAUUUAGCAGUUGGUAGUUGUUUUCUUUGAGGUUUUGGAUCAAUGUCUAAGAAUAAAGGUAAAGAAGAGAAAGAGGAGUUGUCUAGGUGUGAUUUAGCUUCGAGGAAGAAGAAAAAUUUGCUUUCUGGGGUGUUUGUUGGCUGUUGUUCGACACGGCAAAUGGCUGGGGGCUGUGGUGUUGGUGAAUCCUCUGGUUUAAAAUCUCAGGAUGCAGAUUAUUCGAUUCCUUCACUUGGUGAAGAGUUGGAGCUUUCCAUCUUGGCUAGGUUUCCCCAAUCCGAGCAAUGGAAGUUGGCUUCUGUGAGCAAGAGAUAUUUAGAUCUUGUGAAGAGUGGCGAACUAUUUAAGAUUAGGAAAGAAAUUGGGUACAAAGAGCCAUAUGUUUUCAUGUUAGCAAGUGGGGAGAGCAGCUGGAUGGUAUUCGAUCGGACAUUCCAGACAUGUCGCAGGCUUCCGAUCCUUCCAUCGGAUACCUGCUUUUUGGAUGCGGAUAAGGAAUCGCUAUGUGCAGGCACGCAUCUCAUCGUUACGGGCAGAGAACUUACAGGAGGUGCCAAUUGGAGGUAUCAGCUGGUAGAGAACAUAUGGAUCAAAGGCUCUUCUAUGAUCAGUCCAAGGUGUUUAUUUGCAUCUGCCUCUUGUGGUACCAAUGCAUUUGUUGCAGGAGGGAUUGCUUUAGAGUUCAGUGCAGAAGGUGCUUUCGGUAUGGGGAUGGAAUAUGGUCAAACCGUCUUGAACACUGCAGAGAAGUAUAAUCCUGAAAGUUUAUUGUGGGAGCCCCUACCGAACAUGCACCAGGCGAGGAAGAAGUGCUCGGGUUGCUUCAUGGAUAACAAGUUCUAUGUCAUUGGAGGGAGAGACAGAGAUGGAAACCAUCUCACUUGUGGCGAAGUCUUCGACGAGGAGAAGAACUCAUGGGAUUUGAUCGAAAAUAUGCUGGAAGAUGCGCCAAUCUCGACUUCACAAUCGCCUCCUCUUGUUGCAGUCGUGAACAACGAGCUCUACUCGCUCGAACCUUCUUCGAAUGCGCUGAAGGUAUACUUGAAGAGGAGAAAUGAGUGGAAGAACUUGGGUCCAGUUCCAGUGCUCGCUGUUGUUAACAGAGGUUGGGGAGUUGCAUUCAAGUCACUUGGAGAUGAACUUCUGGUCAUUGGUGCAUCUUCAGAGUCUUCGACAAACAAUUCCAUGAGCAUAUACACUUGCACCCCAGAUCCCAGGGCCGAGCGGUUGCAGUGGAGGCGUCUCGAUUGUGGAACGAACCAUCUCAGUCCCUUUAUUCUAAACUGCUGUGUCAUGGUUGCUUGAAAUGACGUAGCUCACACCAAACCAUGAUGUCUGUCUUUGGUGUUCUGCUUUCGAGUAAAUAAAACGAAUGCCUCAUUCGGUAUUCUCGAGAGGUUUAUCAUUUACAUUCGGUUGCGUUCUCUCAUCUUAUAUAUAGCAUGAAUUGUGUCUAGACUUGUUAUGUUCUGAUUAUCUACAAGGAAAAACUUGCUGAAUGUAUCUUUUUCUGUCACUACUAUCUAUUGACCUGCAUCAUUUCCUCUCUU